AUGACCCUCCUAACCGUCAGCGACGCGGACCGCCGCAGACGAAAAGCGGAACUCGCGGAAUUUAAAGCAGAUAUCGCCAUAAUCAGGGAGCGGUUCCAGAAUAUAAAGCAGGAGGAUAUGCAGCUAUCCUUCCAGCUGCACCACAUGCACGAGCAAGAGGACAGGGAGCACGCGGGUCUCAUCAGCGGCCGCGGCAUCCGCGCGUACGAGCCGCCUGCCAUCCGCAAAAUGUACGACUCGGUCACGCAACCUACGCUCUCCGCCACCCCUUCUUCUCCUGAAGUUUUCGGCUCCAAGGCGCCAGCGCCAACUUCGCCGUCGAACGCGGAGAACCGGCAACCCGCGUCCUCCGUCACCUCCGUUUCUUCCGGCGCCGCGUCAUCCGCCGGAGCGUUCUCGUUGAUUCAGGAUCUCCUAUCGGGGCAGCGGCUAUUCAGCGAGGUGUUGCCAUGGUCUCGCUCGAACCCCCUGGCGGACCUCGCCAACUCGGGCGACGCGCUUCUCAAGCAGGCGGGGCUCGACGGCUUCACUCUCCUGUCGCCCAACUCGCAGUCGCAGAACCAGUCGCCGGCCAUCGCACAAUCGCCGCAGAAAGAGUCUACCGCGUCGCAGGCCUCAAGCGUGGGGCUAAUGCCGGUCGACGACGAGGGGUCCGGCUCUGAGAUUGUGUCUUCCCCGCAAAGGUCUUCCGCGCUUUCUCCCGCCGCCGCCAGCGCGGAUUCCAAUGGCGGAAGCCCCCCCUCUGUUCCACGGCUGUCUCGUGUGCGUCGUUCCGCGCAUCGUGCCGGGGUGUCUUGUUCCCCCGCCUCUUCCGCCUCCGCGCUCCGGACCCCCACAUCCGCACAAUCUGCGCGUGCCCCCUCCCCUUCGCGGGUCGUGAGCCUUUCAGAAAAUUCCCCCUCGUGCGUCGGGCAGGGGGUAUCUCCUUCGUCAAGCGCCACGUCAUACCUCGGCGCGCAGCAGACUCCCCUGCGGGCGCUGACGCCCGCGCAACAGCUGCGCGCCGAGCUGGCGGAACGGCGCGGCGGCGCGGCGGCGAAGCUGUUCACCGACGCCGCCAAGGAAGCGCUGCUUGUGCGCGCGGGGCUGCUGCCGGGGCCCGCGGAGGCAGGCGCGACCCGCGCGCGCAGCAGCGAAGAAGCCGCAGGCGCAGGCGCGGGAGACAGCGCGAGCGCAAUCCGCGCAACCCUGGCGGAAAGAGUGGCGCAGUCGGCGUCCGCUGGUUCCGCCAGCGCGACGCCCAGCAAGAUCGAAGAGGGGUGGCAAUCAGAGAGCGUGGCGGAAUCGCUGAGGCUGAGUGGGGAGCUGCGGAGCAGGCUGAGGGCCGCGCUGGGGGAGAGGGAAUCCGCCAAGAGCGUGGUCGCACACAUGUCGCGAUCCAAUCGCCCGUCGUCGCAGCACCAUCGUGCGGUCGCACAGGCGCACAGAGGCACAUCCGCCCUGUCGCACCACCGAGGCGCGCCAGGGCGAGGCGGCGGCGGCGGCCAGCUGUGCGGCCGCUUGCUACUGCUACUCGUCGUCGCACAAGGUCUCUAUAUUCUGAAGCUUAAAUUCUCUCCGCGAUCUGACGCGCAGCGGCAGAGCGCAUCGACGGCUGCCAAGGGCCAAUCGAACGGCCACGAUUUGACGAAGCUGUUCAGCGCGAGCGGCGGGGGAAGCGCGCAGCGGGAGGCCGACGUGGAUUCGAUUCACCUCGGCGGACCGCGGACCUACGACGGUUCGCAUGACGCCGCCAUGUACGGGGGCCACGAGCGCAAGUGGGUGCGGAAGUUCGCUGGCGGCGGCAUCGACGCAAAGGAUGACUCGGAGCCGCGCGAAGAGACUCGGAAAGGAGUGGAGUUCAGGAGUGGCGACGAUGAUUGGAUGGUGGACGGGACUAAGACGACUCGACCCCUGAUAGUGGAUGAGGAGAGCGCAGGGCGCGGGGGAGGCGGGGGGGAGGAGGCGGAGCGGAAGGGCGUGGAGUUUAGGAGCGGCGACGAUGAUUGGAUGGUGGAUGGGACGCAGACGACUCGGCCCCUGAUAGUGGAUGAGGAGAGGGGGGGAGGCGGGGGUGGCGGAGGGGAGGAAGUGGAGCGGAAAGGCAUGGAGCUGAGAAGCGGUGAUGAUGACUGGAUGGUGGACGGGAUGCAGAGCGGACAGGAGGUGAUUGUAAAUGAGGGGGAGGGGACGGACGACGCUCGGAGGAGGGGGGGGGAAGGGGAGGCAGACGAGGAUAGGGGGAGCGGGGAGGGUAAGCCUGGUGCGGGGAGGGCCGACGGGGAGGGCGGGAGAGAGAGCGGGGGAGAGGGCGGGGGAGGGGACACGUUCUUUACGGGGAGUGGAGACGACAUGGGGAUGGACGAGGGGGGGAUGGCGGAAGGGGGAGCGGGGGAAGGUGAGGGCAGGGGAGGCGGCAGGGGGGGAGGGGGAGGGGAAGCGAACGAGGAGGAGGGGGAAGGGGAGGGGGAGCCUGUUUGGCAAUCCCCAUUGGACGAGCCAUCGGAGUGGUCCCCACUGCAGGGCGCUCCUGACGGGCUGACGUGUCGCUCGUGGCUGCAGGAGGCUGAUGACGUGGCGUUUGGGAGGGACUUUGAGAAGCAGCCAAUCGCAGUGAUGGCGUAUGAGACCCCCCGCAGGUACCCGUGCGACGUGCCGUGCGAGAUGGUCGGCAAGCGCCGCCCGGCGCAGCUGGAUGCCAGCCUGGCGGGCGGCGUGCCUCGGCACAAGGCGGUUCUGCGAUCGAUGGAGCCGCGGGGAUACUAUGCGAGCAACAACCCUGCAUGGGCGCACAAGGAUCAUGCUGUGGUGAUGACAGUGCACUACGAUUCGGACGUGCCAGUGCAGUACGGGUCAUGGGAGGAGUAUGAUGUCAUGCGCCCGCCUGUCAACAAGACCUCCUCGGCUCUCGCUGCUGCCUUUAUCAGCAACUGCCAUGCCAACAGCUUCAGACUCGAAGCAGUGAAGGAGCUCAGUCGGCACAUGGAGGUGCAUUCGUACGGCCGUUGUCUCAACAACAUGCCAUACGAGACCGACAAGCUACCCAUACUAGCUCAACACUUCUUCUCCCUCGCCUUUGAAAACACUUGUGAAGCCGACUACGUCACCGAGAAGUACUGGCAGUGCCUCGUUGCCGGCUCUAUCCCCGUCGUCAUCGGCGCCCCCAACAUCGCCGAUUUCGCCCCUUCCCCAAACUCAUAUUUCGAAAUCAAAUCUUUGGAGGAUGUGCCACGGGUGGCACAGCAGAUGGUUACGCUCGCUGGUAACCAGACAGCAUAUGAUGAGAUGCUCGCGUGGAAGAAAGACGGGCCUUCCCAGGCGUUUAUUGCCAACAUGGACUUAUCAGCUGUUCACUCCUCCUGCCGCCUCUGUAUCUUCCUCGCCGACCGGAUCCGGAGAAAGGACCUGGAUGCUGCGAAAACCCGCCGCCCGUGCCGGUGCGAGGCGCCGGGGAAACGAGAAGGGGAGAAGCUGGUGGUAUACCACCUGUAUGUGAGAGAACGGGGGACGUUCCACUUCACGUCAGUGUUCCUGCGCAGUGACCACCUCACUAUAAGAGGACUCACGUUAGCGAUAAGACGGAGUUUUCAGAAAAAAACGCACCGGCCGGUUUGGGUGGGGAAGCGGCCGGCGUCGCUCGGAGGGGAUGAGAAGGCAUGGGCUUUGAAGAUCUAUCGGAUAUACCCGGCGGGUUCGACGCAGAGAGAGGCGUUGUGGGGUGAGGCGUGGUUCCGGAACUCGUCUCAGGUGGUGGCGCAUGUGACUGCACACCCCUGUGCUCGGCUAGAAGUGAUCUUUGUAUGA